CCACGGACCACCAUAAUCCUGGGGAAUUUCGAGUUCUCAUCCAACCCCCCUAUAUCUAUCCUUCUGUCCAUAUUCCAAGCAAAGCAUUGCAUGCUACCCAUCCUCCGCCUCACUCGCCAAUAUCACCUCCCCCCGCUCUUCGCCAUGGUCAGUCCCGCACUCAAACGAAACGCGGACCACCUCUCUGGCCCGGCGGCCGAUAGCAAAAAGCCCAAGGGUGGAAGCAUCACCGCUUUUUUCGGGGCGCCGAAGCCCAAGGCACUUAGUACACAGACGAACAGCUUGGAUACAAAUGGCACAGCUCCAGCGCCGCGGUCUACCUCGUUCAAUAAAGAGAAAUGGGUGGCUAGCUUGACGCCAGAGCAGAAGGAGCUGUUGCAAUUGGAGAUUGAUACUCUGGACGAGAGUUGGCUGGCACAUCUCAAGGAUGAAAUUGUGACGCCAGAUUUCUUGAAUCUGAAGCGGUUCUUGAAGAAAGAGAAAGAAGGGAAAGUGAAGAUCUUUCCCCCAGAAGAGGACGUGUAUUCCUGGUCCAGACACACACCCCUCCACACCGUCAAGGUGGUCAUCAUCGGCCAAGACCCCUACCACAACGACAACCAAGCCCACGGCCUCUGCUUCUCCGUCCGCCCACCCACCCGCGCACCCCCGUCCCUAGUCAACAUCUACAAGGGAAUCAAAAAGAACUACCCCGACUUCGUCCCACCACCCAAUAACGGGGGUCUCCUCAUCCCCUGGGCCGAGCGGGGCGUCCUCAUGCUCAACACUUGUCUCACCGUGCGCGCACACCAAGCCAACAGCCACUCCGGCAAGGGGUGGGAAAAGUUCACGCAAAAGGCGAUCGACCUCGUUGCGCGGGUUCGCGGGAACGGAGUCGUGUUUCUGGCGUGGGGGAAACCGGCGGGGACCAGGGUUGCGAAGAUUAACAAGUCGAAGCAUUGUGUGUUGCAGUCCGUGCAUCCGAGUCCGUUGAGUGCUCAUCAUGGAUUUUUUGACAAUGGUCAUUUUAAGAAGUGUAAUGACUGGUUGGCGGAACGGUAUGGGAAUGAUGGAAUUAUAGAUUGGAGUCUUGUGCCGAGUAAGAAGGCUGUCGUGCCGCCGACAGCCGACAAGGAGAACUCGGCUGCUUUAGCGAACGCCUCCCCGUCGCCGGUAGAGAUGAGUGGUGAGACGGUGCAGGGGGAUUCGGUCAAAUCCGGUCCUUUAGAAGAUGAAUUUGACGAUGAUGAUGCUCUGGAGGCACUCGUGGCGGCGGAGAAGGAGGAGGAGGCUAAGAAGGUAUAAGGAAAGGGGAUCUGGUGUGAUGUUGUCAAUAUUGUUUCGAUUAUCGGGACUUGUAGUAUGUGGCAUAUCCGGUUUUGUAUUCACUCGAUCAAGGAUUUGAUGGCGUUGGCAAGAUAGGCCUUAUGGUGUUUGGUGGGAAUUCAACAUUGUUUUCGAACAAUUUCCAUACUUGAUUACAGUAGGCGUCUCCAGAUAUUCUAGACAAGAACAUCAG